AUGGCAUUCCUCAAGAAGCUCACUCUUUUCGCCGCUAUCGCCUCCUUGGCCACGGCUCUUCCCCACGGUAUUCGUCCCACGGCCACCGUGACUCUCACCCCAGUUGAUACCGCGACUAUCACUGCUACUGCAACCGCAACUGCAGCUGCAACCGCUUCCGCCGCUGUUACUUCUACCACCGCUGCAACUACUAGCACUAGCACUAGCACUAGCAGCUCCGGCAACGGCAUCAACAUCGUCAACAACCUCAACCAAACCGUCUACCUAUGGUCCACCUCCGACACCAGCAGUGACAUGCAAACCCUGAGCGCCGGUGGAGGCACUUACACCGAGCAAUGGCGCACCAACUCCGACGGCGGCGGUAUCUCCAUCAAGAUGGCCACCACUACCAGCGAGAGCAGCGUCCUCCAGUUCGAGUACACCAAGAGCGAUAAUACUCUCUGGUGGGAUCUGUCGUCUAUCAACCUCGAUUCAGACUCGGAGUUCAUUUCUUCUGGCUUUGCUGUCACUACCGAUGACUCGAGCUGCUCGACUGCGUCGUGUGCGGCUGAUGAUACUGAUUGUGCUGAUUCGUAUCAGAACCCUGAUGAUGUGGACACUCGUAGCUGCUCGUCGUCUGCGGCGUUUACUAUGACUAUUGGUUAG